AUGACGCCGAGCGUCGACGCCGGAAAGCCGCCUGAAAGAUCAUAUGUGAGAGCCAUCUUUUGCGAUCUGCAGGCUUGCAUCUCUGAGCCCGCUAGAAUUUUUCAUUACUGGACGCGGAAUAUUGUUGGAGGACUUCUUAAUUGGGUUAAUUGGGUACCAGCAAGGGAAAGUGCAAGAGGAACUGGAGAAGUAGGAGAAACAAUCAAGGUAAUGGAAACAAGAACGGCAGAAAAAGAAUCUCCUUAUGACUACAACCAGAAACAGUCUGAUGUGUACCAUGGCAUCGGCGAUGGCAACGCUGGCAGCAGCGUAGAUGGUGAUGAUGAUAAGAAGGCGUGCCAUGACAUUCGUGAUAGUGGCUUUGACUAUGGGCCCCAAGACAUGGCUGAUGGGUACUACAGCGGCAGCGAUGAUGGCAUCGAUAGGGAGUUGCCACCACUGAGUCAUAGAAUUUCUUAUAAUGGAGACAGUAAAAACAUACAAGUAGCCCACUCAUUUUCUCAGUACCGGGUCGAGCUGUUCACUGUGCGUCCCCGCUUCAGCUUCACGGGGACAUUUGUUGUCACUGAUGGUUUUUCUGCCUACUACUGGUCCUCACAAAAAUUACAGAUUUAUCACAUUGUUGAUUCACAGCAUAAUUUGGUGCUCCACUCAGAAGGCGGUGCCCUUACGGACACCUUCUGGAUUAAAAUCAAAAUCCUAGAGGACAACAGCGGCGCUGAUCAUGAUUCUGGAUAUUUCUCAUUCACAGUGGACCCAUAUGUUUGCAACAAUGUCAUAACCCACACCAUCUCAACUAAACAGCGCCGCAAAAUAGAUUUGACUUUCAUGGCGUUGCACACAGCUAUACAGGCCAAUGUGUACGUCAACUUUGAUUUCGUAUGUCGUAAUGCCACUAAGCCUGGCACCAUCUACUAUGUCUAUGGUGAAAUCACCGCACACCACCAACUCUACGAUGGUGAGAGUGUCAUGCUCUUUUCUCGUGGGGAAGAAAACAAAGCAGUGGUUACUGAUGGUGGUGAACUACCACUCUCACGGAAUUGUGCAGCUGUUCCAAUAUACUUGGAGCCUCUCUUGAUACUCAAACUGAACCUGCAUGUUCCAAUUAAAUGUGAUCAUGAUGAUGAGGAUCAUACCAUUGCCUUUCGAGAUUAUAUUAUUUUUUACCGUGACGAGUAUGAAAAGAUAAUCUGCAGUGCUGACAGUGCAGAAUGCCAACACGGUAAAGUUAAAGUGCGGAUUUCAUACCAGUAG